UUCAUCCAAAUGUAAUGUACAGUGCACACACUACGUAUAUGCACAAACGAACGAUGACGGCAUGCUUAAAUGGCAAGCAAAAUAGGGCAUGCCGGCAAGGGACGCGCACUCACAUAAUAAUAUGCGGCGCCGUCCCGGCUCUUCUUUUUUGUUUGUUUUUAUUUUUGGUCUUUGGUUCCCCCCAGGCAAAAAAAAAGUACCCCGCCAAUCCAAGCAUCUGCGUUUCUCAAUACAUCAUCAUCCAUCUUCGUCUCCCAGAAAAUUGCACUUACAGAACAACACAGAACGCCGUCAACUUCUUCUUUCUCCCCAACGCCAAACUCCCACCCGACACCCUGGCCAGUCGUUCAGCUUCCACCCGAACAGUUCGCCAACCACCCAGAAACAUGGUGGCUCCCAAACAACGCAAGAUUGCCAUUGUCGGCAGCAGGGCUGUUGGCAAGUCAAGUUUGACGGUCCAGUUCGUCGACGGCCACUUUGUCGAGAGCUACUACCCUACCAUUGAGAACACCUUCAGCAAAGUUAUUAGGUAUAAAAAUCAGGACUUCGCAACCGAAAUCAUCGACACUGCCGGCCAGGACGAAUAUAGUAUUCUCAACUCCAAGCACUUCAUCGGCAUCCAUGGAUACAUCAUUGUCUACUCGGUUGCGAGCAAGCAGAGCUUCGAAAUGGCACGCGUUAUCCGUGAUAAAAUCCUUAACCACCUUGCCACCGAAUUCGUGCCUCUCACCAUCGUAGGCAACAAGUCUGAUCUUCGCCCUGAACAGCGUCAAGUUACAGCCGAAGAAGGCAAAGCCCUCGCCGAAGAGCUCAAGUGCGCUUGGACCGAGGCUUCGGCCCGUUAUGACGAGAACGUACAAAAGGCCUUUGAGCUGAUGAUCGGUGAAGUGGAGAAGAGUCAGAAUCCUGGCGAACCUGCUGGGGGAAGCAAGUGUGUUGUUAUGUAA